UAGUUUUGAUGUCUUCACUAUUAUUCUACAAUGUAGAAAAUAGUAAAAAAUUAUGAAAAACCCUUGAAUGAGUAGUGUCCAAACGUUUGACUGGUAUUGUACACUGUAUAUGUCAUCUGUAUUUAGAUAUCCUCUCACUGGACCUAAACUCUUUAGAAAAAAGGUUUCCAAAGGGGUUAUUUGGCUGUCCCCAUAGGAUAACAUUUUUUGGUUCCAGAUAGAACCCUUUUGGAUUCCAUGUCAAACCAUCUAUGGAAAGGGUUCUACAUGGAACGCAAAAAGGGCUCUACCUGCAUUGGGACAGCCAAAGAACAGUUUAAGUUUCUUGAUAGCACUAUUUUUUUUAGACAAGUGUAGUCAUGGGCCUCACGCCAAAGCUGCUAUCACCUUUUUGACAUUUCAGUUUUACUCUGAAUUUCCCCUCAACCGGACUGUCACCCGUGACUCAUCUCUCUGACCUAGCUGUGUCAGGGAUGUUUGGACAUGAACUGUGCAAACUCAUUGACACCACAUGCAAAAGAAUAUCACUCUAUUUGAUCACUCAAGUGUUGUACUUGACCUCUCAUCCAUUUGUUAAUGCAUGUGAAUAUUGCACAUCACUAAAGAACGUAGGCGACAUAAACGUGUACCAUGUUGCAUUGAAGUGACUGUCCAAUGUUCUAGAUUUCAAUAACCUAUAAUGAAUUACAAUAGGAGUGAAUUUGAUUAGACAUAUACAAGUUCAUUCAAUGAACAUGAUACUCAGUGAUCUGUUUUCCACUAUCUGGUUGGUGCUAUGACAACAGUAGGACUUGUCGAUACUAAUCAAGAUGAUUGACGCAUACCCGCCUCCACAGCUCUGGUUCACUGUCUUGUACCCGAAGUAAAGGUCCCCAAAGCAGGAGUCUACUAACUAAGUUAAUGUUGUCCACAUGUCAUUGACUCCUUGAUGGAGUGCACCGCGGCGUGCCAUGGACCAGGAAAACGGCAACCCAAACGCCCCAUUACAUUACCGUUUCAUUCUUAAAGGAUAAGGGGAUUUGCAAGAAGGAGGGGAUGGGGAGGAAGUGUUGGUGCUGACGAUAUCAACCGGAGUAUCCUAUCUGACAGACGUUCUUGAGUCAUCAUUUAACAUGGGCAGUCCGGAAUAUAUAAAUUCGCGCUCACACCAUUUCCGCUAAUGAAUAACCUGGCACGAGGAAAACUCUCCACCGACACACCUCAGCAAGCUACCAACGUUUACGUGCCUUGCCGUCCAUCCACAAUGACACCUGAGACUACAGCUGCGUGCCCAGUGAUGGUGAGAGAGUGCGUCCUGGGGUCCCGCUGGCUGAUGGCUGCGCUCACGAUUCUGUUGCUGCUUUCCACGACGGUCACCUGCGUUCACAGUACCACCGUGGAGCACGACUUUCACAUCGUUCACAAUGUCGACAACAGAAGUCCAGAAAUAGAUCCAUUCUGGUACGUGGGGCGUGGGGUAAGGCCCAUCGGGCGUUUUGGGAAGAGGCAGAGCGGAGGAGGGGGCAGCGGAGGGCUCAGACACCCUGUGGCCAUGGUCAGCACACUGGAGAUUCUCCUCGACAUCAUCAGGAACCAGGAGAACAUCGGGAAGACACUUAGCGGAGAGGACGCCGACUGGCUACCAUGACAACAUGCUUGGCCGCUCGCCCGACCCCACCAUCUGUGUCUGUGAACGUGUCUUUAUUUAAUCAAGUAUUGUCUUUCUUUGUCUCUAUCUCCUUUUUCUUUCUGUCGUUCUUUCUUUCUUUUCAAGGUUUGCUCUCAAGCCUACAGUAUGUCUUAGUCUAGGGACCUCUAAACUGGCCGACCAGUUGUAGUCUGUAUGGUACAUACUGAGAAAUGCAAUCUAUAUUGAUUAAUAAAUGAAGAUAGUAACAGA